GGUGCACCUCUCUGAGAGGCUCAUUUGCGCCUUGGCUUUGCAUCGAGAUACACACACACACACACACACACAGUGACACACACACAUAUACACACAUACAAACACACAUACAUACACACAUAGACACACACACCCCAGGAGUAGAGUAAGCCUGAGAGCGCAGCGUCCACCAUUUGGUCCAUUCUGUCCAUUGCAUCCAUUCCGUCCGUCGCAGUUCCACGGAGCUCCAAGUUCUCAGGGUGGGAUCUGAUCUGAAACAGCCGCCAAGAUGUGUGACAUGGGGGCACUCGAUAACCUGGUGGCCAAUACGGCCUACCUAAAAGCCCAAGGCGGCGACGACAAGGAAAUGAAGAAACGGCGCCGGAGCUUGUCCUUGCCCAAACCCGAGCAGUGCACGGCGCUCCGGUCCACUGUGGAAAAGGACUUCGAGUCCCUGUGCGAACAUCAGCCCAUUGGACAGAAACUCUUCAGGCAGUACCUUCGCCAGGCUUCUCCCGAGUACAUCGCCGCCGCCGAGUUCCUGGACGAACUGAACGACUGGAACCUGGCCGAAGGCGCCGCCAAGGACAAGGCCCGCACCAACAUCAUCAACAAAUUCUGCAAGGAAGGGUCCAAGAGCUUCCUGUCCUACCUGACCGGAGACGCCCUGGAGAAGUGCAAGGCGGUCUCGGACAAGGACUUUGAAGAGGUGAUGAUGGGCAAAGUGAAAGAAGCGACGAGGGAGUUCCUCAAAGGCAAGCCGUUCGCGGAUUACCAGACCAGCCCUUUCUUCGACAAGUUCCUGCAGUGGAAGGAGUACGAGAGGCAGCCCAUCACCGACAAAUACUUCUACGAGUUCAGGACGCUUGGAAAGGGUGGAUUCGGAGAGGUAUGCGCCGUGCAAGUGAAGAACACUGGCCAGAUGUAUGCCUGCAAGAAGCUGUGCAAGAAGCGCCUGAAGAAAAAGCACGGCGAAAAAAUGGCCCUGCUGGAGAAGAAGAUCCUGGAACGGGUCAACAGCCCCUUCAUCGUGAGCUUGGCCUACGCCUACGACACCAAGACCCACCUGUGCUUGACCAUGACCCUGAUGAACGGCGGCGAUCUUAAGUACCACAUUUACAACAUCGGCGAGAAAGGCAUCGAGAUGGAGCGGAUCAUUUACUACACCGCUCAGAUCGUCACCGGCAUCCAGCAUCUGCAUGCCAUGGACAUUGUGUACCGCGACAUGAAGCCUGAGAACGUUCUCCUGGACAGCCAGGGCCAGUGCCGUCUCUCCGACCUUGGUCUGGCGAUCGAGCUUCCAAAUGGGAAAACGACCACCCAGAAGGCCGGUACCGGAGCGUACAUGGCCCCUGAGAUCCUGACGGAUACUCCGUACCGGACGUCCGUGGACUGGUGGGCUCUGGGGGUCAGUAUCUAUGAGAUGGUUGCAGGAUACACCACCUUUAAAGGUCCCGAAGCCAAGAAGGAGAAGGUGGAGAAGGAGGAGGUUCAGAGACGCAUCAUCAACGAGGAUCCCAAAUUUGAGCACAAGAACUUUGACGCCCCCACCAAGGACAUCAUCCAGCAGUUCCUCAAGAAGAAGAUCGACGAGCGCCUGGGCUGCAAGGGUGACGACCCCCGGAAGCACGAGUGGUUCAAGUCCAUCAACUUCCCCCGUCUGGAGGCCGGCCUCAUCAAACCGCCAUGGGAGCCCAAGCCCAAUGUGGUCUACGCCAAGGACACCGGCGACAUCGCCGAGUUCUCCGACAUCAAGGGCAUCGAGUUGGACGCCAAGGACGAUAAGUUCUUUAAAGAGUUCAGCACGGGAGCCGUGCCCAUUCCCUGGCAACAGGAGAUGAUCGAGACGGGACUGUUCGAUGAGCUCAGCGACCCGAACCGGAAAGAGUCCUCGGCCGGCCUGGACGACGAGAAAAAGUCAGGAACCUGCACGGUACUGUAACGGGGUGAUUCAGACGCCGUACACGCCAUACAAAUGCUAACCAACACACAACCGAAGCAAGUCCAACCAUGCUUUACUGAACUCUACUGAAGACGAGAGGAACGCUACCCGAAGGAGAACUGCGAGACGGGUCAUCGUACGGACAGGAGUGUUUUUGUUUUCGUCUUUUCCUCCUCUUCAGCCAUUGGGACGUUGUGUGUUUGGACACAUUUCCUCCUCGAUGUGUUGGACUGGGCUUUGGGCCAAGCUGGAAAGUUUGCAAGUCCCUUCUGUCACUCUACUCUACUACUCUUCCUCCGAGCUUUUGAGCUUUCUUUUAAGCUUUGUUAAUAAUUUUUUGUGACGUAGGUGCUAGAACCGCCUCUCCAGCAGGGGGCGCAGGCGAAGCUACCGACUGAGAAGACUUUAGAAGGUUAGUUUUUAACAGCGGCAGCGGGGUAUACCCAAACUUAACGAUUGAUUGCAUAAAAAACAAGAACAUCGUUUGCGUUCAGUUUGCAGUGAAGAUGACGAUGACCCAACGUGACGUGGCGUUACGUGACACGAAAUCGAAGAGAAGGCUCAAAUGGUUGGAAACGCAAAAAAAAAUGCGGACGCAUCGUUUCCAAGCAUUUCUCGCCUUGCCAAAAAUCAUCGUUUACUUGCUUAAGGAUUUAACGGUGCACGCUUUCGUUCCGAAGCGAGCGAAUGCUCUGCACGAGCGUACAGCCCUGUUAGAGCCAGCCUACGAAAUUAUUUAACGUAAAAAAAUAAAUAUUUAUAUAGCUAUAUUUUUGCAAGGAAAUUAAAAAAGAAUAAGUGCAUUUGAUGCGCCUGCUCUGUUUAUGCACCAUCAUUAGUUUUGCUAAUGAAUUGUAUACGAGUUGUGUAAGAAUUGUAUGUGUAUAAAUAUGUAUAUACAAUAUACUUAAUUGAGUGAGAUGUGUACAGAUUGAUAUAUUGAUUGAUAUAUAGAUUUUCGAUAUAGAUAGAAGAUCUGAAGAAAGAUUAUAUUGAUUAUAUUGAUUUGAAUUGACCCCCUCGAUGUGGAGGAUGUGAAAGGAUGGCGAAUUAAGGUCAUUUUAUAUUCUGAAGUAGUAGCGAAAGAGUACCGAAGUGGUGCUGGAGCCAAUUUGUGCGCCUCAUGUCGCUUCUGGGUGUAAAACAUCCAUUUAAGUAGACCCAAACGAUACAGAGUGCGUAUAACAGCUGGUAUAAAUGAACAUUUUACGGAAAUUUUACUAAAAAUUUUUACAAAAAUUACAAAAAUGUCAUGUUAAUCAGAAUUUGAAUCGUCGCAUGUUGUUUUAUUGUGCAUUUUUUAGCAUUAGCUUAAUGUUAUAACACAGAAAACCUGCGUGGGUUGGACAGACGAUGAAGAAUAUUUA